UCCAUUUUAGUGCACCUGAUGUUUUGAUGGAGAUAUAAUAAUUUACGAAAAUAUCGUAAAUACUAUCUCAAAAUGGGUUAUUCUGUUCUUCCAAUUGCUGUUUUCACCAUCCUGUGGGGUGUAGUGGGUAUUGUUUGCCCCUUCUUCGCGCCUAAAGGACCCAACAGAGGAAUAAUCCAGGUGGUGUUAAUGCUAACUGCAGCUACAUGCUGGUUAUUCUGGCUGUGUGCAUACAUGGUGCAAAUGAAUCCCCUUAUUGGACCUAGACUAACCAACGAGACUCUCAUCUGGAUGGCACGCACUUGGGGCAACCAAUACAACAAGACAAAGGUCGUUUAAACAGUGGUGUUUAAAAAUCGUUUAAGAAUUUAAUGUUAUAAUUAUUCAAAGAGUUAUUGUUCAAAGUGUUAACUGCCGAAGCUUUUAAAAACUUUCCCUUUUGUAAAAAACAAUAUAUAAUAAAGAUGGCGUUUUUCCUCUAAAAAAAUGUGAAGUUUAAAGAUGGCCACCGUCUCGAUUUCCCGCGAAAAAAAUGUCAGAAAAACUAUUGAAGAAAAAUUACAAUCUAAGAUCUCUGGCAGUAUGGCUAAUUAUUGCAGUAAAGCCUGUCCCUAAGGACGAAAUAUUUUGCUAAAAUUAAUAAUGUAUUGUUAGUUUCGGUCAGCUAAUAUGAAACAAGGCGGCAUUUUAAUGUGCAGUCAAUAGCACGUCACGCUAUACACUUUUGUUCGAAUAUCGUCUAGAGCAAGAUCUGUACUUAAAUUACGAGUAUUAUGGUUUCUUGACCGGUGUGGUAGAAUGUGCCCUGCUUGUAUAAAAAAAAAUUAUAACGUUAAUAAUAAAAACUUGAGCGCCAUCUUUGUUAUUCACGAAUAUAAUUAAACUUAUUGAUGUGUAAGUGUCACAAGACGAAAAAAUAAAAGAAAAAAGCUAUUCUC